AAAUAAGUUUGCUUUAGUUUAUUUUGUAAGGGAAUAUUAUAACUUUAUUAUGGUUAUAAUGGUGAUCUGUUAACAUUUUCGAAUGCUGCAGAUCUAUUUUUUAGUGAUAUGGAGUGAUAUGAUUCAUUUAUGAUGAGAUAAGCUUGAUACAUGCUUGUUAUUUACACUAGAGCAGCUUAAGAUUCACCAGGCUGUAAAAACAUUGAGAAGAUUCAAAAAGACUAGCCACUAUUGCAUUAAGAAGACCAACUACAUGAACAUAUUCAAAGCAUGUCAUUGUCAGUCUUGUGAAUACACCAAGCAAUAUUUUGAAGCUAAGAUAGUCAAAAUCCCUCCCAGAAACAUUUCUCAAUAAGCUACUGACUGUAACAGCAACUAUAGUUGCAUAAAAUACUCUAAGCGACUAAUUAAAUGCACACAAAAUUUAUAUCCACUUGUAAGAUUAUUAUUAUACAAGGUUCAUCUUUAAUUCCAAGAAAUUUCUGUCGCUUGAUGCCAAUUAGAUGACAGGUAAUUCCCGUAACUUUCUCCUAUAAUUCUUAGGCUAUGUUAAUGUAUUCAAAUUGAACUUAGUGAAAUUUCAUUCAGUAUAAAUAUUGUGUGCAUUUCAUAGUUCAUUCAAGUACGUCUGUGCAUCUGAAGCAAAGAACAUUAACAAUAAAGAAAAUGAAGACUUUUAUUUUACUAUUCUGCUGGGCUGGAAUUGCAGCUGCCCUUACAAGACCCUACAAAUGUGGACCAUACGAGGAAGUUAAACACUGUAAAUGCAAACCUGACGAAUUUUGUCCAAUCAACUGUCCACCAACAUGUGAAUGUAUAGAAGGUUUUGCUCGCAAUCGAUAUGGUGACUGCCGAAAAAAUGAUGAUCUCUCGAGAUUAGACAGCAGAUAUAAAUCUUGUGGAUCAAAUGAAGAAUUUGUGUCAUGUGGAUCGUUCUGUGAAGACAGUUGUGAGAAGAAAUACACAGUUUGUAAUCAAGCUUGCAGAGUUGGAUGUGCGUGUAAGGCAGGAUUUAUUCGAGAUUCGAAUGGAAGCUGUAUACCAGAAGAAAUGUGUUGAAUUUUUAUUUAUUUUCUAAUAAUAAUUUAAUUAAGUUGAAUAUGUGAAUGAAAUCUAUGGCAGUGCCGCUGUAGUAGGCUAAGAGGUCGAUUAUAAAUUAUGUCAAUUUUUCUGUUGGAUGCACGCCUGAAGCUGUGCUAUACUUUUAUUUCCAUAAUUUGUGAUAUAAGAUUAUGGAUGGGGGUCUAAAAUUCUCAAUUUUAAUGGAUGUCAUUUACUAAUGAACCCCACGAUAAUAAAGCAAUCUCAAUUGCACAAUUAUUAUUCCACGAACAUUUUAAAUAUUAUUGCUGCAUAAUUAAAUCGUCUGUGAUGUACUUAGAUUUGACAUACUUUUAAAAAGAUAUAUAGCUGCUAAUAUGAACCUUAACUCGUACAGCUUGCAUAAGGUUUAGGGGCUUGCAUGAUGAGUCACUCGAAUUUGUAAACUAAAGUUGACUUAAUUUAACUUUCCAUUUAAAACCAUAACUUCGAC